AAUAAAAAUAAAAGAAAAGCAAAAAAAGGCAAAGGAACAGCAGUUAGCUUGUCGUCUUUGAAAUGAAGAUGAGGCCCCGGAUGACACUGAAGGCGAUCCUUGACGAUACCGAAGCUGCCAGUUUUCACGAAGCAUCAAGAUCCAGCAACCCUAAAGCUCAUAUACCCGGCCAGUGUCCAUUUUUUUUAAGGGGGGCGGGUUCGUUUUUUCCCAAAACGGGACCUUUUCCUCAAUAAAUGUCACUGCAUAUAUCUAUAGGUAUAUAAUAUAUGAAAUACUUGAAAAUAUUAUUUUAGUUAUAUUAAGAAGAAAAAUUGGGUAUGCGUUCUAUGCCCUUCUACCCGAUUAGAUGUUAUUCAAAGUAUGGACUUUGGUUAACAGAAUUUGACUUAUAAUGUUUAAAAGUUUGCUCUGAAAUUCAAGCAUAUUUCUUCAGUUUUAUUGAUCGAUUCAUUUAUUAUGUUAGGAAUAACGUGUGCAUUACUUUAUUUAUGUUAUAUACUUUGACUUAACAAAAAAAAAUUAAUUAUUGCUUUGUAAGUACACUUCAAUGUAAAGGAUAAUCACAGAAAAUACGGACUUCCAGCAAUUUGGGGGGCGGGGGCCGUUCGACCCCCCGAGCCGCCCUCGGUACAGGCCUGUAUACUUCAUUCAAAAGAGGAGUAAAAAGAGAACAGCCGUUAGUAGAUGAACCUUUUGAAGGACCAGCAGCAGCAACUGCCUGUAUAUCAAGAGAAUCUGCUGAAAAACCAAAAACCUGACUUAGGUUUCUUCAAUAGUACUAUUCUUCUAAACUCUUUUUUUUUCAUCUGUCCACCCUCCUGUGGUGUUUGCGUAUGGUAACACUGCGUCCCGGGCUUUAGAUAGUUACGCUAUGUGUAAGUUUUAGGUAAAUAAAAGGAUAGCUGGGUGUACAUUUGCAACUGAAAUGUGUUUUUAAUAAUUUACUGUAUGCGAAUUACACCGUUAAUAUUCGAAAUAGGAUAUUGUUAUUAUUGUUGAAUGUAAGCUGAAUGUAACUAUCUAAAGCCCAGGACGCAGUGUUACCGUACGCAAACACCACAGGCGGGUGGACAGAUGGAAAAAAACAGAGUAUAGACAGUGCACUUCUUGAAUGACAUUAUUUUCCAAUGUAUGGACAGCUUCUUUACCUUCUUAUACCUUCUCUACAUAUCCAAGUUCACCAGCAGAUUAUAGCUCUCAGCAGACCAACGAAUCACGUGACAAUGAAUUAACAAUGAGGAUGGACUUUUCCAAAGGUCUGGUACGUUGUAUUUCACAUCCAAUUAGACAUGGACUUGGCAGAAGAUGGUAUUUAUUUGUGGAUAUGGGCAAGCACAGAAUGCGGAAAAAACUCUUCCUUACACAAAGAUGAAGAAGAAGAGACUGGGUUUUGGCAGCUAUCGGACAGUCGGGCUACCUUCACAGCUCCGCUACCGAACGUCAAGUCACAAGUGAGGUACCCGCUUCGGUCUCCUAAAAUAGAGACAGUAUCGAAGGAGGGAGGCGUCUGUCUGCUUCUCUCUCCUUUUCUCCAAAUAUCUGAUAUGGUUAGGUGACAUGGUAUAUGAAUUCAUCGGUAAAUAUAUGUUACCGGCCAGUAACAGUCGUUAUCAUCAUUAUCUUGUGUGCUACGAAGCCCUCCUGUCGUUCAUCCAGCAAGCCGCCUUUUGUCGGGGUUUCGUUUGAAGCAUUACAAUGGCAGCGGCUUAUGAAGAAUUUAUAAAGAGAAUUCAAGAGGGAUUGAAGAGGGAGGAAGAAAAGGAGAGAGAGGAAAAAGAAAAAGCCACAUUAGCAGAGAACAGUAAGCAGGAUGAACCACCGACGCUCCUCCCUCCAGAGCCAGAGGAGGAGGAGGAGGAAAAGUUACCAACAAUUUGUGUUCCUGACCUAGAGGAACCAGGGAUAAUAGAACAUGCUCAGCCUUCAAGUCUGAAGGAACUCUAUGACAUUAUUUGUCAACAAAUCCGAGCAUCUGGAACCCUUGAACUUAUAAUGCAGGACUUUCAGGAAUGCAGGACUGAUCUGGACAGAGUAACGUACGUCUCCCAGUUAACCGAACUGGAGAACCUCGUUAUAGAGGAGAACUAUGCCCAGAAAAAUAGUGAUGAAGCAAACAAUUACGAAAAAGUGUACGACUUACUGAUUCCCAACGAAGCCUCAGCUUCCAAGGCUUUGGAUGUCAUUAAAAAAGGCAUUCAAAAGACUCCUCCCGAAGAUGUAGCAGCCCUCGCUGUAAGGUACAUGAAGAGGGGCUGGGCUUUCCUCCUGCUGGAACAGUUCAGUAAUGCAGCAGUUGAUGCUGAAAAGAGCUUGUCCUUUGGUUGCCCUGAGGAAACCUUGUGGAAUUCUCAUGAAAUAUUGGGACAUGUGAAUGCACAGCAAAGGGACGACGCUAAAGCAGAACACCAUUUCCUGAAAGCCUUGGAAAACCUGCGAAAAAGCAAUACAGUCAACGAAGUCAAAGCCGUGGCAACUGUCAGGAUCAUGACGGUAUUCAAAAGUAUCAAGGCCAGAAAGGGAAAGAAAGUCUCUGCUAAAAAAACGAAACAGAAGGAGAAGGUCAAACCACCUCAACUUUCAUACGGUCCACAUAAAUUGUUCCCGCGCGCUUCGUCAGCGUUAGAAUUUGUAGUUACUAAAGACAGAGGACGUUGUGUUAUUGCCAAGAGGGACAUAAGGCCAGGAGAUAUACUGAUCGUGGAAGAGCCCUUCUGCACAAUGAUGAAUCCUGAUUAUUUGGCUUCACAUUGCUACAACUGUUAUGUGAGAACGCCUGUGUCCAUCCCAUGCAACUCUUGUGCUAAGGUUUGGUACUGCUCUGAAGAAUGUCGUGCAGCAUCUUGGGAGGGACUUCAUUCUAAAGAAUGUAAAGUUCUGAACCACCUCAUUGACCCUGGAAUGGGCAAGAUAGCUCUGCUGGCAUACAGAAUACUUACAAAACUCACGUGGUCAAAACUGCAAAAAUUGCGGGAGAAGAUAGACACCUUAGUACAAGAUGAACUUAUUGAGGCCUGUACACCAGAGAAGAAUUCGGGUAAAAAUUCACCUGAGGUGAUGAAAUGGGAAGGGCCAUAUUUACCUUCUGAUUACUUAACUAUUCUACACCUAACUACUAAUUCAUUUAAGAGAAGUUUUGGAGACCUAUUCAAGAGAGCCGUCACUGCUGUCUACUUAAGCAAGUGCCUUAUAACAGCUGGAUACUUCACUUCUGGAAAGUGUUCAAAUGAUGAUAUGCUAUUUACUGCAAGUAUGGUAUUGAGGCAUUUACAAGGAUGUUCUUGUAAUGCAUAUGAGAUAGAUGAAUUUCAGUUGGGUCCAAAUGGGGUUGUUGAUGCAAAAUCAAAUGAAUUGGGCGGAGCUAUGUACCCAACUGUAUCUCUCACAAACCAUGCUUGUGCUUCAAAUGCAGCACGUUACAGUGUUGGGGAUGCGUGUGUGUUGCGUGCUAUUAGACUGAUUCCAAAGAACUGUGAAAUUUUUGAUAAUUAUGGCUUUUAUUAUUAUCUAAAUACCUUUAACGAACGUCAAGAAGUUUUAAUGAAUCAGUAUAAAUUCAAAUGUGACUGUGAAGCAUGUGAAUCAGUGUGGUCUUUGUACCCACAUAGCCCUACAGAAACAUUGAUAUUCAGAUGUCCUGCACCAAACUGUGGUCAGCCUUGCUGUUACUCCAACACAAGUCGCUCUAAGUGCAACAUGUGUAGCAAUAAUCAGCAAUAUUCAAAAUUACUCAAAGAGCUGGAAGAACAAUUAACUCUGUAUAAGGAUAGCCUUCAGAAACUUAGAGAGGGUGAUAUACAAUCAUGUUUACCUGCCUUAAUUUCUCACAUGGAAUUUAUUGACAAACAUGUAGUCCUCCCAGUAAAGCAUUACUCAGACCUUCAGGAAGCUAUUAAACAAUGCUAUGGUCAUCUAGGAAAUUUUUAUGAUCCCAAUGAGUCGGUGUCCAUACCUGAACCUCAGCUUCAGCAGCAGCAAGCACAACGUACUGUUCGCUUGAAGGCAGGAAAGAACAAAUAUGUAAAUCCAAAUCGGCAUUAGAUGACAUCGUAUGCGUAGUACACAAUUUGAUAUGCUGUAGGUAUGCAACUUUUAAAUAAAGUAUGUUUAUAUCAAACAAAUCAGACCUUGCGUAGCUUUACAUUUUGGUUUGCGGUGUUCACUGUAUAUACUCUAUAAAUAUUCAUAUUCUUGUUUUUAGCAUUUUUCAGGCUUGGGGCUUCGUUUUUCCUAUCCUUUUUGGGCUUUUAGAGUUCAUUCUCCUUGGAUCUUAUGAUUUGGCAGUUCAAGUCUUGAGAUUCUCUUAAGGGCAGAAGCCAGGGAAAUUUCUCUUAUUUUCCAUUUUUCAAUGGUUUUGUACUGAAAUCACAUGGUGACUAUGACUACUUUCAGGUGAUCACACCAUCCCAUGAUUUGCAAGAGGCUCUUCUGCAUGAGUAUCUUCGCCUCAUCAUUCAAAAAAUUUCCCAAUUAUUGCUCAAAUCUAAGACUCUGCUAUCUUAAAAGGUGGAUACCAUAAUACAUACACCUUUUGUAUGGCAUGAAGGUGUCUCUUCUUAUUUUGAGUCUCCAAGACUUAUGAGGACAAAAAUUUACUUGCAGAAAACUGGACAACUCAUUGCUUCAUGUAAAUGGGCAACCCCCCGCCAAGAGGAAUGGUAUCAGUCUCGUGUGUAUUAAAAGACCUCCCCAUAGAACUUCCAUUGUGGUCCAGUCUCCCAAGCCAUCCUGUGUUCAUCUAUUUCAUCAAAACCUAGAGUAUGUUUCAUCGCAGUAAAAUUGUAUGGUGAGAUUUAGUAUAAUUGGGAUUUAGUCUUGCCUCUCUGACUUUUCUGUUGUUAGUGGUAUUUUUUCAUUGAGCUGAUGAGAAGAGCUCUUGCUGUAUUUAUCUGUCAAUUUAUGCUAUCCUUAUCUCUCAAGAUGACUUUCCUCUUGAACUUUGCAUUUGACAGUUUUGACCAAACUGUAUGCCUUGUCAUUUAAAUUACCCAUACUAGAAAUUGUUCAUGUAAUCCCAAUCUGAGAAUGUCUUUUUACCAACGAUGCAUUUGUAUCUAAUCUGAUGCCUUCCAUCAGACACACUUCUCUGUGGUAUGAUGGCAAAAUUAGGUCUGGCAUCAAUGAUUAAAAGUGGUAGCUGUUAAACAGCAAGCCAAGUGGGAAUUCUACACAUGUAAGUAUGAGUAAGAAGAGGUGGUCUAUUUAAUGGUGUAUAUUGUGGUAAUUUUCUAUACAUUGUGAUAAUUAUCAAUCUUGUGCAUUUGCUAUGAUUGUUCUGUGAUAUUCAAUUGAUUGUAUUGCUCGUUUAUCAUCUUACAGUACAAAAUACUUAUCCUUUGCAAUUAUGGUGAAUUUUUACUACUUUAUCAGCUUGUGUAUUCUAACUUAGUCUUGCAGAAUGUUCUUAUAGCAACCCCUCCCUCCCCAUCUCUCUCCCCCUAUGAACUUUGUUGGGUGUAAUGAAGUGUAAUCAUAUUUUUUCACAAGUAAUGAAUAUAAUUUUUAAUUUUUAUGUUCCCGUUUAUCCAGAUACAGGUGUUAAUGGUGUUUCAUACCAGCAAAACUUUCCUAAAGCAUGAUAAUAAAAACUUCAUACCAUGCAUUCAGAUUUUAAAGGCAAUGGUGUUGUAUAUAGGAAAAAAUUUAACAAUUUCCAUACAAACCUAUUAUUUAUAGUGCCCAUUCUGCCCCCUCACAUUUUCCAAGAUGACAGUUCUUUGAAUAAAAGGGGACAUCUGUAGAUAGUUAUUAAAUAAAAUGGGUCCAUGUGCAUCCAUCAGUUUGUAACUGUCAAAGCAAUGUUGUCUUGCAUGGUCUUAACCUUUGGCAGAGAAUGUGAGGCUAAGAGGUGGGAAAAUUUAUAUGUAUAUUAUUUGUGGAUUCUUAAGCUUAUUACUAGCAGGGGGUUGGUUGAGUGAUUUUCGGAUCUCAAGAUCAACUUAAGAACAUGGUUUCAUGAACUGUAAAUGAACUAAACUUUUAACCAAAUUUUAAGGCUACCUUAGGAUAACUUUACAAACCUUGUAAAACUUGUCCAUAUUGUGAUCCAUAUCAAGGUUACCUUCUAAGGAAACCAAUUGUUUUGUUACUUGAUAAAUAAAUUCAAAACUUAA